UAUCCCAUUCAGGAGCCCUCCAUAAGUAGUGGCUCUUUCGGUCCCCCCCCCCACCAAGAGUCACCUGGAUCUCCACCUCUCCCGAUCGGCAAAUAUGGAUUCCUGCCCCAUGGUGAAAAACAUUCUUCUGCUAGACUCUGAAGGGAAGCGAGUUGCGGUCAAAUACUAUUCAGAUGACUGGCCGACCAAUAAUGCAAAGUUAGCUUUUGAAAAAUCACUUUUUGCAAAGACUAUGAAAUCAAAUGCCCGCACAGAAGCGGAGAUUACAAUGUUUGACAGUAACAUUGUCAUCUACAAAUUUGUCCAGGACCUCCAUUUUUAUGUGACUGGAGGUGAGGAUGAAAAUGAACUCAUUUUAGCUGCUGUUCUUCAGGGUUUCUUUGAUUCAGUCUCUCUCCUCUUGAGGAGCAAUGUCGACAAAAGGGAGGCACUUGAAAACUUAGAUCUCAUUUUCUUAUGCCUUGAUGAGAUUGUUGAAAGAGGCAUGAUCCUCGAAACAGAUGCCAAUGUUAUUGCUGGAAAGGUGGCUGUAAAUAGCAUGGAUCCUACUGCACCUCUAUCGGAGCAGACAAUAGGUCAAGCAUUGGCUACAGCUCGUGAACACUUGACGAGAACCCUUUUUCAGUAGGUUUUUCAUGCACACUCAGAGGUGGCUUGGUUUUAUUCUCUUGGUUAAGUUUUUAUGCCGUUAUUGGCCUUUAAGCAGUUUAUUCCAUGUAUUUUUGUCCGAGAGUUUAUUGAACAACGAGGAUUGUUUUAGGCUUGUAGUGAAGCAACUCCUAUCCAGCCAAUAAUGUCUCUUUAGCUUUCAUUGUGGACCGUGGCAUGACUGUGACCUAAUUAAUAUAGUUGAUGCUUAGUGAUAGGAUUGCAGCUAUAUCUUUGCACAACUUCUUAGACUUGGGUCUCUUAGGCAUAAUGUAAACAUGCAGUGUCUUGUACUUUGUUUGAAAAAAUUACACCUUAUGUGCAUUGGGAACAAAUGCGUGAAAUUGGUAUUUUUCGUAA